UCAAGACCUUCUCCUUCGUGCCCUCCAGGCUCAUACCCGGGGCUCAAUGGAGAAUGCAGAGGACCUGCUACACCAUCACCGACACCUGACCGUCAAGACCUUCUCCUUCGUGCCCUCCAGGCUCAUACCCGGGACCCAAUGGAGAAUGCAGGGGACCGUUCACACCAUCAACAAACCCCUGGAUGUCCAGUAGGAACCGUUCAACAACCCGAUGGCAGUUGUCAAAGACCUUCGAGCCCUAGACCUUCUUGUCCUCCAGGGUUCAUAUCUAGGACCGAAUGGUGAAUGCAGAAGAGCUACAACACCAGCACCGAUACCCAGAUGUCCAGUCGGAACAGUUCAACAAUCUGACGGUAGCUGUCAAAGACCUCCACAGCCUUGUCCUCCAGGAACUUACCAAGCACCCAACGGAGAUUGCAAGAGACGAACUACUCCAGCACCUAUAUGUGCACCAGGAACUAUUCAACAACCUGAUGGAAGUUGUCAGAAGCCUUCAACUCCAGCCACAACUUGUCCUGCGGGAUCAUUCCCAGGGCCCAACGGAGAAUGCCGAAGACCAACUGUUGUGCCCCGUUGGAACUACCCAGCAGCCCGAUGGAAGUUGCCAGAGACCCACAAGUCCUACAUCCUGUCCUCCUAACACUUACUUAGGCCCUUCUGGUUCCUGCGAAUCGGCUCAAACCGGCUCCACCACUACCACCGGUACACCUGCCUACGAGUAUCCAAGGACCAUGUCACCUGGUACCGUUAAAACUGCAUCCGGGGCCUGCGAAGCACCACCUUCCUCUCCAAGACCUGCAUGGUCCACCGGGCACCCCGCUCUACUCCUUUCGGCACUUGUGAACCAAUCUAUUCCGCCACAACUCCAAAACCGCCAUCCAAGACCAUUCGAACGUCCAACAACACCGAGCUGAAAAAGGAUUACCUUCCACCCAAACCCACCACGCAGUACGUCCUUCAAUCACACCCAUAGACCUCAUGAAACCUCUACCACCACAGAACACCGAACUAGUUAUAUUUCAUCCACUCAGCAUCCACCAUUCAGCACGC